AUGGAUGCGGCCUCGCUGCUCCGCGAGGAAAUUGCUCGACUUCGCGAAGAAGUUGACCGCAGCUCCUGCUACACCGAUGAAAGUUCGUUUAGCGACGCCCGGGCUGCCCUAAUAGAUGCGCUGGAUAGCCAUUACGGUGGGUCGUACGUCAUGUAUUUUAUCUCCUGCUUCACGGUUCCGCUCGUUUUGUCCUUCAUCGUCCUGCUAUUAUAUUUCUGCGUAACGAUGAUGAAUGAGUGGAGGGUGCUGCGGCGCCUCUUGCAGCAGAUGCGCCAUCAUCCUCUCAUUCUGCAGGAACUACACUCUCGGGAGUUGAGUCAAGCAUCGCGCCGAGCCGCGCGUCGACGUACCUCUUUUGUGAUUAUCCUAAAGUGCUUGCUUGCAACAUCUGUGCUCUUUGUCUUUAUAGGGUCGCGUGUCAUGAUGGAGGCGAUGACUCGAGGGUGGCUGAAAAAUAUUUUGGUUUCCCCAAGUAACGCUAUGGAUGACACCGCCGCUGCCGCUAAAGCUUCCCUUGACCCUUGGUUUGAGCUUUACUCGGACCUUAUGAUGCUUCUCAGUGUGGACUGGUUCAGGGAUGUCCAGGGUCUCUUUAUUUUCUCCUUCUUUGGUUCCAGCAUGAUGGUGGUCGGCCUGCGCCUGCUUCGAUCCGCCUCUGAGGAUGUUGUGUCGAUGCGCACUGACUCCAUUUCAUCGCUGCAGUUGCUGCAAAAGAUUGACGAUAAAUACAUGGAACAAGGACAGGAACUCGUGCAGAAGCAAAUGGAGGGCCUCAUUGCCAUGCUGGCGGAGUACACACUGCCGCAGCUAGCGGCCGCCAGAGAGGCUGUUGCUGCAGCAGCAGCAGCAGCUCCUAACGGUGAUGAUGCUGACGCUGAUGCUGACGCUGACGCUAACGGCGAUGAUGGUGACGAUGCGACUCCGCUGGGAGUAACGGAGAAUGAUGAAGCUUCCCCAAAGGAGAACAAGGCAGACGUCUCUGCCACUGAGGACACCAAUGAGAAAAAGAAGCAAUAG